UAGAGCCUCAACGCUCUUGAAGAGCUCGGCAAACUGAGCGUGUGCUCGGGUCAUCUUCCGGAUGUGGCGGACGGAACUUGUUCUGACUGACUCACAGAUUGAUGAGAGCCUGAUGCGGCGUUGAUGAGGUUGCAACCCAAGACCUCCAGAGCUUUCGCUGGCGGCGAGCAAGCUCAACAAUCCAGCCGAAAUCUCGGCGCAAAUAACUUCGCGUGGCAUCGCGCGGCGGCCAGGCAACACGGACGAGUCGUAAGGCUGCCAUGAGAUAGGAGUUCUCCUACGAUGUAUGCGAGCUGGCAAGACGAUGAUGAGUGGCAGGAUAUGCCCAUCAUCCGCUCAGCAGAGCCCGAUGCGUCAAGCUUUGGCUCUCAGCCCGUCGCAUCAUCCUCAAGUACUCGACGAGCUUCACAUCGCUACGAUGCCCCGCUUGCUACGGCAUCGACCUCUGUCGGCGCUGAUCAUGCCUCUGUGAACGCUCGGGGGACUCAUAUCGAUGCCGGGCAGCCGGGUGAGGAUUGGCGGGAGAAGCAGUCGCUUGAUGAGCUCGUGUACACCCGCUUAGAGCUGGACGAUGACCCAGACGAGGAUCAAGUGCACAUGAAGACACAAUUCCUGUUUGAUGACGACAAAGGAAUGACACCUUUGAGUCAGAUGCAAGCAACAAAGACGCUCCUCACCGAAGGUCAAAGGGUGGCCUACGUUGCGCUCUGUCGGCUCGUCACCAUGGAUAUAUGUCAAGCUCUGCGCAAGGGGAAGCACAAGGAACUCGAAGCUGCCGCUGAAAGCGCGCUUAACUGGGCGCACAAGAUUAUGGGCCGCUUAUAUCAUCACAUGGACAUAGACACCUCAGAGCAAAAGAUGAUCGAGCAGCUCGUCGAACAUGGCGUGACAGCAGACGAUCUGGUGCCUUCACUUGUCGUCACCCACACCGUGCCCAAUCCAGAAUAUGAUCCUGUCGCGGCAAAAGCAGCGGCGUUAGAGGCAGACAGAGUAGCCGCUGAGCAUCAGGCAGCUCAAGAAGCUGCAGCACAGCAGAGGGCGCUGCCACCGACGUUUGAAGAAGGCGAUCCCCCGCCAGAUUAUGCAGAACCUGCAGUUCGAGCCUCAUUGGCGCUGACAGACGCACCGAGACCUUUGACGCCAACAAUCGGCAAAGCUGCAAGACGUCAGUCUGCUGCUCAGGUCCCGCUGCCGCCUUCGCCUUCUACGCCCAAGCCCCCAGAUCUGGAGAAGCCAGCAUUAGCGAAAAGAGAAUCUGAUAAUCUCAUAUCGCCCUUACCCAAUACACUGCCGGGCGUCAGUACGGAGCUGACCUCAGCAGACGAAACAGUCACUCUCGACAUACGGUGGACCGUCUUGUGCGAUCUCUUCCUGGCGCUCAUAGCAGACAGCGUCUACGAUGCCCGGUCUCGCGUGCUGCUCUGUCGCAUGGCGGAGCAUCUCGGGCUCGAAUGGAUGGAUGUCGUCCGUUUCGAACGGAGACUGACAGAGGCGAUGGACAUACAGGAGAGCGUGAAAAAUUCGAAGCAGGACGAGGUGCUCGAACAGCGGCGCGUAAAGGGCAAGAGCAAACGAUACGUCAUGAUGGGUCUAGCUACGCUAGGUGGUGGUCUCGUCAUUGGCUUGUCUGCUGGUAUUCUCGCGCCUGCUAUAGGUGCAGGCCUAGGAGCUGCUUUUACAACCAUCGGUGUCACGGGCACGACUGGCUUUCUGGCUGGCACGGGCGGCGCCGCCCUCAUCACAACAGGCGGUAUAGCUGCAGGUGGCGGUAUAGCGGUCAAGGGCAUGGCAAAGCGUACGCAACAUGUCAAGACCUUCGAGUUCUAUCCGCUGCACAACAACCGCCGGGUCAAUUUCUACAUUACCGUGCCUGGUUUCAUGGAAGGCAAGCUGGAUGAUAUCCGAUUGCCCUUCAGCGUGAUCGAUCCCGUCAUGGGCGACUUCUUCUCGCUCUUAUGGGAGCCGCAAACGAUGCAAGAUACGGGCAAUGCGCUCAAGAUAUUGACAUCCGAAGUGCUCACGCAAGCUGGUCAACAAGUGCUGGCUAUGACGAUCAUGACUGCUCUGAUGAGUGCCUUACAAUGGCCAGUCAUGCUGACCAAGCUGGGAUACCUCAUCGACAAUCCCUGGUCAAACGCACUGGAUCGCGCCAAAGCUGCAGGCGCUGUACUGGCAGACGUGCUCAAGAAUCGCAGUCUGGGCGUCAGACCGGUCAGCUUGGUCGGCUUCUCGCUCGGCGCGCGCGUGAUCUUCUAUGCUCUCAAGGAGCUAGCACGUGCAAAGGCUUUUGGCGUCGUGCAGGAAGUGUACCUCAUGGGCGCCACAGUGACCGCUUCGCGCAAGUCCUGGCGAGAAGCACGUGGCGUUGUCUGUGGUCGGUUCGUCAACGCCUAUGCCACCAACGACUGGAUUCUUGGCUAUCUCUUCCGAGCGACGACGGGUGGACUGGGCACGGUCGCUGGCUUGCGGCCGAUCGAGCAAGUACCGGAUAUGGAGAAUGUCGACGUGACAGAUAUUGUAGUGGGUCAUAUGAGCUAUCGCGCCUGUAUGCCCCUCAUCCUCGAUCGGAUCGGCUUCAAAGUCACAGCGCUCACGUUUGACGAGCCCGAUAACGAUCCACUGACUGGCGAUCGGGAAGUCCUGACGCCUGAGGAGGAAGAGGCGAGGCGGGAGGCCAAGAAGAAUAAGGGCGUGUUCAAGAUGUUUCGGUCCAAGAGCAAGCAGAAUGCCGCCCAGUCUGCAUCUCUCGAAGCUGCUGCUAAAGCUUCGACGACUGCUGCUGCCGCCGCAUCCGCGCCUGCAGAAGAAGACGAUGAUGACGACUUGCCUCCGCGGGAGGAUCAUGCAAGCACGGAGUAUGCUCCUUCGCCGGAUACAGCGGACUCGACUAUGCCCAAUUCGCCACGCGAAGGAAGCGAGGCGCAAUUCAACCUCGAUAAGAUACGACAAGUACUAGCUCAAGGCGGGCCUGCUACCUCUGUCGAUGUUGCUCAGUCAAUGCGCACUGCGCCCGUCAACGGCGCCCUGCCAGCGCGGACACCUACGAGCUCGGAAUUCUCUUUCGAGGCAGCGGCAAGGCGGAACGGCAUCGAUACGCCAGAGACACUCAGUUUUGCCGGCCAGGAUGGCUCCAUCACGUCUACGAGACCUUCGUUCAGUGUGGAGCGUGCUCCUGCUCCCACGAAGCAAACGACAGCCAGCAAUCCGUGGUCAUGAAUGACAGCAUCGCAUAUGUUCAUUUGU